AUGUUGAUCCUCGCUGUAUCUUACUUAUUUAAUAUAUUUAUAUCAACACUUGGUACGUUAAUGUUGAUAACGCACCUAUCAACUGUUUUAGUGUACGAAUACGUGUUUCCUUCAAAACACGUUUCUUUUCAUUCGUUCGCAUUUGUUUUUCAUUACCAACAACAUUUCAAGAUGGCGGCCAGUACCAAAGGUAUUUUCAUUAUUGGCGCCAAACGGACGCCAUUUUGCAGUUAUGGCGGGCCUUUACGAGAAUCGCCAGCUUCCCAUGUGUUUGCAGCUGCGGCAAAGGAAGCCAUCAGUUCGGCCAAUGUAGACCCUUCUCUUAUUGACAACACCAUUGUUGGAAAUGUUAAUUUUUUGAGUCAAUGUGAUGGCGGUAAAACUCCUAGGUAUUGCGGUAUAUAUUCUGGCGUACCUAUUAGCAGUCCCGCUUUGGGCGUCAGUAAGGCGUGUGGUACCGGUUUGCAGGCUAUCAUUCAGAGUGCUUUGGAUAUAACAAUAGGAAAUUCCAAGAUCACUUUAGCAGGAGGCACAGAUCUAAUGUCUUCACUACCGAUGCUGGUGAGAAAUGUUCGUUUUGGAACGGCCUUGGGUGCCUCCUACAAACUUGAAGACCACAUACAGAAGCAAAUACCAGAUACAUACAUCGGAAUGACGAUGCAGAAGAUGGUAGACAAUCUGGCCAUAAAGUUCAAAGUUAAAAGGGAAGAAGUCGAUGAGUUCGCUCUGCAGAGCCAUUUAAAAUGGAAAAAAGCCGACGAACUUAAAGUGUUUGACCGGGAGCUAGCCAGUAUAGUACCAACAAUUAAAAAGAAGCAAAUACUAGUGGACAGAGACCAACUUCCACAGCCAUCAAUACAGGCUGAGAAUCUCAGACAACUACCAGCUUUAAUAGAAGAUGGAGAAGUGCUGUCUUCUGGUAAUACUUCCGCACCAGCAGACGGAGCAGCAGCUCUCCUCAUAGCUCACGAAGAAGCAGUGAGAGGACACGACCUUCGACCAUUAGCAAGGAUAGUGGGGUGGACGUGUGUAGGAGUAGAUCCUUUGGAAGCUGGAAUAGGAGGAGCUCGUGCUGUCCAGAAACUUCUAGAACGACAGAAUUUGACAGCGGAUGAUGUUGAUCUUUUUGAGAUUAAUGAAAACUUUGCGUCUCAAGCUGUAAUUGCUAUCAAAGAACUGAAGGUGGACCCUAGUAAAGUGAAUGUGAGUGGCGGUGCGAUUGCCUUAGGGGAUCCCAUCUCUGCGACGGGAGCUAGAAUGGCAACACAUCUUGUGCACGAACUCAGCCGUCGCAACUUGAAAAGAGGGAUUGCCGCAUCCAGUUGUGGAGGGGGUCAAGGCGUUGCAAUAUUAUUGGAGAAAAUGUAA